AUGGCGCUGUUGCCGUCGGGCGACUUCAUCGAUCUCAUCUCGCGGGACGUGGAGAACGUGCCGAGCCCCAUCGCCUUCGGCAGCAAGUACAUCACCGGAGGAGCUGGUGAAGGUGAGCAGAAACUUCGCGAGGAAGAAGACUUCCAGCAGAGACAAGAGGUGAAAUCCGACAAUGUUUUGCCAGCCUACUGUGAACCGCCAAAUCCUUGUCCGAUCGGAUACGUUGCGGCUGAUGGCUGCUUAGAGGAAUUUGAAAAUACCGCUGAGUUUUCGCGAAACUAUCAAGCCCAGCAGCACUGCAUUUGUGACCAGGAGCACAUGUUCAAUUGCGCCGGGAAGGAGGCGGCUGAACUUGGAGCGUCUCUCCAAGAGCUUCUGGACGAGCCAACAUUCCAUCGCAACAUGAUCGCGAAGAAGUUUCACGAGAAGAGAAGCGCAGACGAGCUGCCUCCACGCCGACGUAAGCGCUCUGUCCAUCAUCCCGUUAGUCAUCACAACAGAAAUCCUUACCUUCAGGGCGAGAUUCUGAAGACGGUAUCAAAGAAGGACGGCAAGAACGCAUGGUAA